GCACGCAUGCGCGAGAUUCUUUGAUAUGACACCGAGUAUGACACAGAUGCCUGAGUCCUGACAAUCCUGAGUAUCCUGACAUAUCAGUGCAUAUCAGUCUCGAAAGAUCCACAAGCGAGGGCUGACGAACUGUUAUUUGUUCCCAUGUGAAAAAGUACACGCUCGGUCUCGCUUCCGUUUCGGGCAAGAUGUAAUGACACGACACCGGGAUAGUAUGCGCGUGAAGACGCGCAACAACGUAAAAUGACAUACACGAUUUCACACGGACCUUGACGAAAAUCGGCGUCAGCUCUGCGAGCGCGACACAUAUGAUGAAACAUGGGAGCAAACAAAUACUACAUUACGUUAAUUUACGUCUUGCACAAUGAUAACGGAGGAAUCUCAGUAUUAUUGAAUUAAGGAAACCCCCCGUCGACCAAUAUGAGAUAAGUGAUGGCACCUGCGAGAGACAAGUGGAUCAGACGUUUUAUAAUCACCGAGACGAAACGGCACAAGAAGGGCUUUACAAUUUACAGAGUCACGUCUAUGAUAUUUCUGAAAUCCUCUCACGAGGAGGUGUCGAAGGUGUCCGUGUGGAAGCGUUACAAUGACUUCAAGAAGCUCCACUCGGAGCUCGGUCACUUGCACAAGCGUUCGGGAACGAAGGAGAACUUCCCGGCGUUCCCCAAGUCGAAGUACUUCGGCAGAUUCGAGGCCGAGGUUGUGGAGGAGAGGAAGAGAUAUGCGCUCAAGUUUCUCGAAUUUGUAGGACGGUACGCGUACUUAUACUCGAGCGAUACCUUUAUUACGUUCUUCGAGACCAGUCACGUGGAUAAUCACGCCAAUGAUUGCGCGCAUUCCCUCAGCUCAGACACGUCCGAGGACGACCGUGUUGUCGCCUACGGCGACAACUCCGCGCUUGCGAAUGACAACGUGGUGCAGAGCGCUCUGCAGGUACCGCUGAGAGCGUCGCACAAUGCACCGACAAACCCACGCUCCGUGUUGUCGAGCGUUGCCUGCAAGAAGGAAAUCACGGUGUACCGGAGAACCGGAUCUCAGGAUAGUAUUAAGUCGCAGAAUGCCCACAGGGAGGAACAAGGCUGCAGAACGGCCAAGUUGCAUACGCAGGCGGCUGCCGUUAAACAUCAUGACGCUCAUCAAAGCAAAGGCUUUGAUAAAAGUGACGUAUCAGGAUUUGAUAGUCUGAACAAUAAUAUCACUAAACCUAUUUCGAAUUACGAUGCACAGUCUGCGAUACUGCGCGAGGAAGCGAAUGUUCCCCAAGCGCAGGCGGACUCCACGCAGUAUCUCUUGAUAGCCGCUGCUCAUAUAAGCGCGGCCUUCAAGCACGAGUCUAUAGCGGAGUACGGGGAAGCUUUCACACAGUACAAACUGGGAAUAUCGUGUCUGAUAGACGGUGUACAGUUUGACGCGGACAGUACGAGGAUACCAGGCAUAAAGGACAAAAUAUCUAAGUACUUAGCACGAGCCGAACAAUUGUACAACAAGCAUUUAAAUUGCAAUAUCUCAGUAGUGAACAAACCGAUAUCGGAGCUUCAGUAUUAUAAGGUGCUUAAGAUAAUGGGGUCCGUGAUGCUCGUAACGGAUACGCGUGCAAAUUGUAACAGAAUAAUCAAGACUGUAGAAAAAUCUUGUAUCUAUGAAGACAACAUAAGCAAUUAUGUGUUACACAACCAAGUACCUUACAUGGUGCACUUAUACGCGUGUGUUGAAACUGAGACCUCGGUAUUUUUAGUUCUGCAACACGCAAGGUAUGGAAGAUUGUGGGACUUCGUGAACCAACGUUACAAAGUAUCGGGCAGUUUGUGUGAUGUGAUUUCAAAUCACACUUGCACAAGUAGAGAUAUCGGUAGAGAGGUCAAUAGUAAUAGUAAUGAAACUAUUCGCGGACCAAGGAAAGCAGAUAUAGUUACAGAAAACGGUACGGUACAAGACCGUCGAUGCGAGUCGUAUGUUCAAAGUGAGAACUACGUGGAGAUGCCUACUACACAAUUGUUAGAAAAGUCGCAGGAAUUAUUGCAAUCUGUUAACGCGACUUUGAGGAGAAGCAACUCCAUCGCAAAUCGAUUAAAUAAAUAUAAGGAAUUGAGGCACUCAGGAAGUAUACCGUCGCUGAAUGCUGUCACACAGAUCUAUCAGGAGUCUGAUCUCGCUUUAUCUAAUGUUUAUCGUAACAAGUCAAAUCCUAAUAAUAUCAAUAUAGAUGGUACAGCCGCGGAGAAUCCUUCGAAGAAAAGUUUCGUAGAGACUAAAGAUCUGAAGGGCGAUAAUUCUUCAUUGAUGAACAAUAAAAGUCCAAAUGCGUCGGGAAACAUUCGCGCGUCUGUAUUAAAUGCAAGUUGUACGGCUCGCGACUCACUCAAGAGCAACAAAAUGGAUAAUUUGGUGCGUAACACCUCUACUUCGAAGAUCAUUUCGAUGCAGAACGUCUCGAACAAUAGUAUAGCACACGUCUGUGAGAAUAACAAUACUGACAGCAUAUCCAAUCAGAUGAAUUCAUCAAACGUCAAUUGUAGCACCGACGAAACGCAGUAUCCGUAUAAAGAGAAUAACGUAGAUGAGGAACAGGAGUUCUGGCGAGUACCGGAAGCUGUAGUUCGCUCGUGGGCAGCGGAGAUUCUUUUAGCUUUAGAAGCCCUUCAUCAGCAGAAUAUCCUGAUCCUCGACUUCAAGCCCGAUAAUAUUCUUCUAAACGACGCGGAACAUAUCCGACUUACCUACACCAUACCGCGGCGCAAUCUUGAACUGUCUAAACUGGAGUAUCCGUAUUCGUCACCCGAGUCUGUAAUGUUUUCUCCGACUAUUCCCGUUACAUCCGCCACAGACGUUUGGAGUUUCGGAGUUAUUUUGUACGAGCUACUUACUGGCACAAUGUUUAUUAGGAACCAUCCAGGGUCGUUUCACUCACAUUCCACUAUUAACAUUCCUAGCAGAUUAUCGGAAAGUGCAAGAUCCCUACUAUGUGGUAUGCUGAAAUAUUAUCCAGAAGAACGACUGACAGUAAAUGAAAUGAAACAUCACUUAUUUUUUGCAGGAAUUGAUUGGUUGAAUAUGAUCAAUUCGCAAAUUUAAUGCUUAUAUUAAGGAAUUCUAUCAAAUUAAUUUUAUAUUUAUUGUAGUAGUUAUAGCAUAAAACUUGUUAUACAAUUAUUUGGAUCUCGCUUUUUCACUUCUACUUAUUGCCGACAUACCAUCAAUAAAUCGAGUUGUAAAUAAAA